CAUACAUAGACGACCCAGCGGCAAGUCCCGCUCGCAGCUGUAUCAUAUAUAUGUUCUCGACGCCUCUCCUUGGAGCAACGUGUUCAAACCCUUGACAAUCUAUAAUGUCCUUAAAACAAGACCGAAGAAAUCACUCCUGGAUUAACCGUUUUCUAGCCUCCCUCCGUCGUGUAUUCAUGUCAGAGCAUCCUCCUGGACUUCCAGCUUUAAGGUUUCACUGUCCACAUGGGCCUGAUGUCGGUAGCGCGUCAGUUAUGAGUUGGUGUUCCUCGAUGGCCGAUUCUUGGGACAAAACACAGGGUAAUCUGUACUCAAAGUGUGUACUGGCACGCAUGGAGUACAGCAAGUGUGCUGGCCAUCCCGAACACGAGUUCCUCGUGUUUUAUUUUAGCCAUUGGGUCGAUGGCUGCUCCGCUCAGGCUGUAGUGUCUGCAGACCGUGCCGUGCAAGGACAAGGCCGUUCCCUCAAACAAUCAUCUGAAUUAGUCUCUCCCUCAUCAUCCGACACCAACGCGUAUGACUCCGUAUCUAUUUAUGGUUCCCCCCGCGAUGCAGCGCCACAACUUCAAGUCAGAUAUGCACCAUACAGAAGACUCUGUACCUUCGACUUUCCUUCAUCCUCUGCGCCCUCGGCACUCCAAGUGUCCACGGUCCUGUCUCUGGUACACCGCCAGGCGCCAGCAUAUGAUUUGUAUGAAAACCAAUGUUAUUGGUUUUCGAGCGUAGUGUGGGGCAGCUUGAAAGAGCUGUUCCCUAGUGAUGGACACUCAGAAUGUGAAAACCAUCGCGCACGCGCUCGUUAUCGCGGGGUUGCAUUAGGAUCACCUCCUGAGGAUAUCGAGGCUGUAUGCGCUGCAUAUCCGACCGAGUGGCAGAAGAUGUUAGAGACACUUGAGCAGACCAAGCACCAUCGCGAAGCUGAAGAGGCAAAGAAUCGACAGAAAUUACACAUGGAGUUUGAGGUUGAAAACGAGCCGUUUCGCCAAGCACAGCAGGCCGAAAUAGAACGACUUCGCCAAACAGAGAUUUGCGUGCAGGCUGAAAUCGAACGAGUUCGCCGAGAAAAAGACGCCGAAAUCGAGCAACUUCGCGCGAGACUUGCAGCUUUAGAGGGCUGAUAUUGCAUAUCAUCAUACCGUGAAUUAACUAUGCCCUGUUCCAUCUCUCCUCCAUAUUCCAUAGUAUAAUAAAGAGGCAAGUGCACCAUGCAACGUCCCCCUGCUCAGUAUUGCCGAUAGCGGAGUUGGGGAUGAAAGGUGCCACAAGCAGAAAUCUGAAAAAUAAGAGAAAUUGAAAAUUGUCAUUAUGAG